UUGUCAGUUUCGGGCUUAAGAAAAUCAAAUUUCGGGCUAAAAUCCGGCGAAUGAACGAAAAAAAGAUCCACGUUGUUGCUUGACCGACCUCCUUCCACCGAUCAACGACUCUUUCGACCUUCCGCCAAUAAUUUUCGUAUCCAAGGCUGUACAGAUCACGUCGUUGUUUGAGAUUUUAGUGUAUUUAUACAGUUUAAGCUGCCAGAUUUUGGUUUUCUUGCUGAGCUUAUAUAUAUACACGUGUAAACACACACAACAGACAUACUUUAUUGCUCCGGACUUAGAGCCGUUAGUAGGAGUACUGCAUUCAGAACACAUUUAUUAGGACAUUGAGCUGGUUUUCAUGCAUUGUUGUUGAAGAGCAGUGCCAUGCACAGCUGUGUUCACUGGGUGGGUUACACAAAGAGUGUCAGAAAAUUGAUGCAAUGUCAGCAUCUAGUAAAUUUGAUCUAUCUUCCAGUAGUCCAGAUAGGCCACUGUAUGCCUCUGGGCAGCGUGGAUCCUAUGCACCUGCUUCACUGGAUAGGUCGGGUAGCUUCCGUGAGAACAUGGAGAAUCCAAUCUUAUCUUCUCUUCCAAACAUGACGAGAAGUACUUCAACAGUAACACGUACAGAUGCCGUUAACUUUUUCCAGUGCUUACGUUUUGAUCCAAAAGCUAUGGUUACUGACCACAAACUUAAUCGGAAUAUUGAUUUCAAGCGGCUCACCAGUUUAGCUUUAGGUGUGCCAGUGGAGGAUUCUCCAUUGGUGUCUUCUAAAGGCAAACUGUUUCCUUCUCCCUCUGCGGAGGAGGCCAGACGGCUGAAGGCUGGUCUUCGUGAAAGCUGCACUAAAGCUAGGGAACGUGUGAAGAUAUUCACCGAAUGUUUAUCUGUGCUCAACAAAUGCUUUCCAAGCAUCCCAUCAAGGAAGAGAUCUCGGUCUGAUUCCCUAUCAAAUGACCGACACGUUACAUUAUUCCCAAGUGAUCGGUCAGUUUCAGGGACAAGCAUUGGUAAAACGGGUACGCAGAGUCAUUGUACUGUCAGUAGUUAUGAGUUGGAGCAACAAAAGUCUGAAGAAAGAGUUAAAACUGCUGCUCCAAAUAAACGCACUCGAACUUCUAUGGCGGAUGUUAGGCCUGAUGUACGGGCAAACACUCCCACAAGGCCGGCUGGGAACAUGGAUAGAGAUAGGGAGAUACUGAGGCUUCCAAAUGGUAGCACAAUUCAGGGAGAAGAUCGUACGUCAUCCAUUGCUGCAGAGGGUUGGGAGAAGUCGAGGAUGAAAAAGAAGCGUUCUGGAAUAAAAUCAGAUGCUACUGGCUCCAUAACGACAAAACCUAUUGAUGGCCACAGGGAACCGAAGCAAGGAGUGCAGCCGCGGCUUCCUAGUGAUAGCCGAUCAAGAUUUACUGAUACCCAUGGCUUCAGACAUGGGCUUGCUCCUGGUGCUGCUGGAAAAGCUGAUGGUGCAACACAGCAUGUUACCUUAGGCGUACGUUCUUCCCUGUCUAAGAUUGACCAAGAUAACCAUCUUCAUCUCCUAGAUGGGAGAGAUCGUCCUCUUGGCUCAGAGAAAGAAAGGGUGAAUCUCAAAGCAGUCAGCAAUACAAUGAAAGCAGCUGCUCGUCAAGAAUUCACAUCCCCUAGCCCUACAUCGAGCACGAAAUUGAAUUCUGCUACUAGGGCUCCACGAUCAGGUUCAGGCGUUGCACCAAAGUUAUCUCCUCCGGUUCAGCGCGCAGCUGCUGCAAAUGAUUGGGAAAUCUCUCAAUGCACAAACAAACUUCCAUCUGCUGUUGGGGCAGGUAAUCGCAAGCGCAACCCUUCUACAAGGUCCUCAUCACCACCUGUUGCUCAAUGGGCCAGCCAAAGGCCCCAGAAGAUAUCUCGACCCGCAAGAAGGAACAAUUUUCCCAUUGUUCCGAAUAAUGACGAAAUAUCUACCCUGGAUACCACAAGCGAUGUUCUACGUAAUGAGAGACAUUUGUCUAGCUCUUCCCCUCAACAGAAGUUAAAAAGCGAUGUCUUCUCUCCAGCUGUAUCUGAAACUGAGGAAUUAGGAGCUGCUGAAGUCAAGUCUAAAGACAAGAGCAAGAGGUCUGACGAAGUGGAUGAAAAAGCUGGGAAUGUGCAAAAGAUGUCAACACUGCUGCUACCGCCAAGGAAAAAUAAGGUGGUUAGUGGACAAGACUUUGGAGAUGGUAUUCGCAGGCAAGGGCGGAGUGGCAGGGGGUUUACCUCCACUAGGUCCCUAAUGCCAUUGAUGGCUGAAAAGCUUGGCAAUGUUGGGACUGCAAAACAACUUAGAACCUCUAGACAUGCUCUGGACAAGACAGAAAGCAAAGGAGGCAGACCACCUACAAGAAAGCUCUCUGAUCGUAAGGCUUAUAAACGACAGAAGCUUGCCACGAUGGAUGCUGCAGCGGAUUUUCUAGUUGGUUCAGAUGAUGGCCAUGAAGAGCUAUUGGCUGCUGCAAGUGCUGUUACUAACACUGCUCAAGCCCUUUCGAGCUCAUUCUGGAAGCAGAUGGAGCCAAUUUUUCGUUUUAUAUCUGAAAUGGACACAGCCUUUCUGAGGCAACAGAUAAAUCAUGAGACAAAUCUGGCAGCAGCAGCCUCUGUGACUUUUGAUACUGAUGCUUCCAGUUUAAUUAGUGGUUUUGGGUUGAAUGAAGUCGGGGGACAGACAAAUGAAACACAGAGUUCCGAUCUUACCUCAGAACAUGUAGUCUCUGGAAAAAGUAAACCCAAGGGUAUUUCCUUGUACCAGAGGCUGUUGGCUGCUAUAGUACCUGAAGAGCUUUAUUGCAAUGGAAAGGAAGACCUUAACUCCAAUGUUUAUCGAUCUGGAUUUGAAAUCGAGAUGGAUUCAGAAUCUCAUACUUCCUGUGGGCAGAUGUUAUAUAGCAGUGAAACAUCCCGAUACUGUGCUUCUAAUGGAUACAGCAUAAAUGCUAAUGGGUGUUCCGUUGAUAAUUUGGACUACAUUAAGGCCGAUAAUGUUACAUCCGCGUUCGAAAUGGGGAAUUUUUCAAGCUAUGAUCAGUCACAAAAUGGUCUACUUUCAGAACAACAAACAAUGCCUGGCUUUGUUUGUUCCGAGUAUCAGUAUAAUGAGAUGUCAAUUAAUGAGCGGCUUCUCAUGGAGAUUCGCUGUAUCGGAAUAUAUCCGGACCUGGAGUCUGAUUUUGCUGAGACUGGAAAUGAAGAGAUCAGUGCAGAAAUUAGUAAAUUACAUGAGAAACACCAUGAAAUGGUUUCUAAGAAGAAGAGGAUGCUUGGGAAACUGCUGAAUUCAGCUACACAGAUGAGAGAGUUACAGGAGAAGGAGUUUGAACAGCGUGCUCUUGAUGAACUGGUUGCAAUGGCAUACGAAAAAUAUAUGAGUUGUUGGGGCCCAAAUGCUCAUGGGAUGAAGAGUGCUAGCGGGAAAAUGGCCAAGCAAGCUGCCUUAGCUUUUGUCAAGCGAACUUUGGAUCGAUGCCAAGAAUUUGAGCAGACAAGAAAGAGCUGCUUCAGUGAGCCUUUGUAUAAUGAUUUGUUUCUUUCUGGGAUAUCCCGCCUUAGUGAUGGACAAACAGAUUCGAACACUGAUGGCGAAGCUGGAAAAUCUUAUAUCAGCACAUCUGGCUGUUCAGGAGAAGCUAGAGUUUCAGCUUUGGGCACACAGCAGAGCCCAUCGCUAAACCAGGAUAUAUCUUUUGAAGCCAAUUUACCUUCUGAAGCCAGUAGGGUCAAGCGGAGGGAGUUGGAAGAUGUUCUUGGUACUACCAUUGGUGCUUCUUCAGGCAUAGGUGGUUCACUUUUAAGCAGUGCAAAAGGGAAGAGAAGUGAGAGAGACCGAGAAGGAAAAGGAAAUGGCCGAGAGGCAUUAUCCCGCAAUGGAACAACCAAAAUUGGUCGACCUGCCUCUUCCAAUGUUAAAGGAGAAAGAAAGCCUAAGACAAAACCUAAGCAGAAAACUACUCAGUUAUCCACCUCUGUCAAUGGCCUUUUUGGCAAGAUAUCGGAGCAACCUAAAUUGCUAGGAUCUUCAAUAGCAAGGUCAAGUGGUAUAAGUGCCACUGGAAAUGAUAAGACUGGCUGUAACUUGGAUGAACUAGAGGAUCCCAUUGACUUAUCCGGCCUGCAACUCCCAGAAAUGGAUGUUUUAGGUGUCCCUGACGAUCUUGGUGGUCAGGGACAGGACAUAGGCUCAUGGUUGAACAUCGAUGAUGAUGGAUUACAAGAUGAUGACUUCAUGGGCCUUGAGAUUCCCAUGGAUGAUCUGUCAGACUUGAAUAUGAUGGUUUGAAGCUUCUUUUGCUGUAUAUUCCUGUUCAUUACCAUUCACUGGAGAAACCUUGUUGUCCAGAUACGACCACCAAUUACAUGUGGGUUGUGUGACUGUGCAGUCCUUAAGUAGGGCUGCAUAUUCUUUGGGAUACCUGUGUACCGCUACAUUUUUGAGUGAACCCUUCGAGGAAGGAAGGGUUUUGUACCUAUAAGUUGAUGACUUUGACUGUAAAGAUCUUUUUGUACAAUGGUCAAGCCAGUACCGUAGUCGUAGUAUGUAGAAACACUGUAUUUGGUUUAGCAAUACAGGUCAGGGAACGUCUUUUGUACAUAGAUUUUGAUUUAUCAAUAAGAUCACUUUUUACAAGUCAUCCCAUCCUCUACUCCAGUUAUAAUAAUGCGUAAAUUAAUGUUUGCAUGCUCUGUUUUUUGUGUUUUUUGGCAAAACGUUCAAAUUUCUAUCAUUAUAUGUAACUGAUAUCAUGGUGACUAUAUUGGUCUUUGUAUGAUGCAGGAAUCUGUUAUAGUUCAGGUUUGUUAUGUGCUGGUAUGGUUAGCCCUUACAGGGGAGGGAUGAACUAUUUUUGGGGAAUGCUAUAUGGUGACUUUUUUCCUGCAUUUCAUUAGUCUAAAGUGCUGAGCUUAUUAUCAUUUUGUAGAAUGUACCUCCCAAUUCUAUGCGUGUCUGUUGCGUAUGACUGUAGCAUAUUAUUCUUCUCAGAUAUUGCCAACGUUAAAGCAACCUUAAUCUCCGCAAAGUAUCAUGGCAAUGGGAUGCUGCUCUUCAUGUUAGUAUAACAUCAUAGUCGCUGGACCUUUUGGUUUCUUUUAGUUGUGACUUGAAAUAUAAUGACAGAUUUAGUCUGCAUUUAUUCACUUUGAUGGAAGACUACCUGAUAACUCAAACCAGGAUUCAGAAUACAUCAGCCAAUGGAGGUAUGGUUUUAGUUAUUCUUUCUGUCUGUCUAGCGAUUUUGGGGGUGUUCUGUUUUGAAUGAACCAUAGUAAUGCAUUUAAAAGAGACAAAAAAAAAAAAGAAUUCUGUUUUGCAUCCUCCUGUACACUCUGCCUUAUUUGCAGUUGUUUGUGCACAAGAAUGUUUCCAUAUUGGUUCAGCUGCUAAGUGCCAUUGGAUUGAGGAACUGCAAAGUAUAUCUUCUUUUUGUGACCACAGGAAUCUGUUAUAAUGCAGGUUUGUUAUGUGCUGUUAUGGUAGCCCUUACAGGGGAGGGUAAGGGCAGGGAUGAACUAUUUUUUGGGAAUGCUAUAUGGUGACCUUUUUCCUGUUCAUUAGUCUAAAGUGCUGAGCUUAUAUUUACCAUUUUGUAGGAUAUACCUCCCAAUUCUAUGCGUGUGUUGUGUAUGACUGGCAUAUUCUUCUUCUCAGAUAUUGCCAACGUUAAAGCAACCUUAAUCUCCGCAAAGUAUCAUGGCAAUGGGAUGCUGCUCUUCAUAUUUAGUCUGCAUUUGUUCACUUUGAUGGAAGACUACCUGAUAACUCAAACCAGGAUUCAGAAUACAUCAGCCGAUGGAGCUGGCAAGGUUUUGAUUGAGGAGUUUCUGAUUUCUCAUUGCUGGAAGCCUGAGGAUCACUUUAGGACUGAUCGUCACCGCUUUCUCUCAAAAGGCUGGAACUUUCCCGUAAUAACAAUUCAAGAUUAGAAGAACGAAAGACAUCAGACCCAGCAUAGCUGCACCAGGCUGACAAAGAGGCGAGGCACCGGGGAUUGCCUAGGAUUUCUGUAUGACUGGUGAAGGUGAAACUGUAGCCUUUACGGUUGGUUUGCUGGUUCAGUUUUCGUCACAGUGGCAGUGAAGGUACUUCUUUUCCCCAUGUUCUCAUUUUGCUCGUAGUGUGUUAGUUUGGUUUACUUUUCACUCUGUUUGUGCUUUAUGAAGAAGGAAAUUUGAAGAGAAAGGUGCAAUUCUUAUGUAACCUAGGACCGUUCAGCUUGUCAGUGCAGAGGACAGCAUUCUUAGUCGCAGUGACACUAGCUCACUACCACCCAAAGCCCAUUGUUGACGAUUCACACACGCCUCCUCUCCCUUGUCAUCGCCGUGCCAUGUGUUGAUGUGUGACGUCAUCUCUGAUGAUCUCUUCUCGUCGACAUAUACUUCUUCAAGAUUAACUGAACUUCCUGAACCAUCCUUAGCUUAUUCCUUGCUCUCAGAUCUCAAGAGUUUCUGGCGUCCUUGGUAUUGGUUUUGACCCCCUACGUUCUCUCACUCUCUUAUUAUUUUUCUGUCAAUUCCUGCAGUUUCAUUUUGAUUUUUGUUGUUCUCAAUUAUACUUUUGAUUGCUUUAGAGUCUUCUCUGAAGAGCGCAAGUUGUAAGUCCUAGAAAAAAGUUAUCUGCUUUCUUUUCGGUCCAGAAAAAAGUUAUCUGCUUUCUUUUUGGUUUCUUUUGUAUGCUUUCUUAUCAUUAACAAAAGAGAAAAGAAUGAGAAAGGAAAAAGGUAGGAAAAUUCAAUUUUUGGAGCACCUCUUUUCCCUCAAUUCCCUUGUCCACUAUUUACUAAUGUUAACUUCCAGGUAGCGAGAAUCAUGUCUCUUGGGCGGUAUCAGUGCAAUUAUGGUUCGUGGAAUAAGUAUACUAGGACCAUCAAGUCAAAAGUUCUCAGAUAUCUGAUUGAGGAGCAUGGAUUAAAGAAGAUGCACAACUGUGCAUUCUUCUAUGGAAUUUCCUUGACCUUGAGCUGAUCAACCUUUUCCCGAUCCUGCAGAACCGGUUGCAAAGUCUGGGCCAAAGCUAGUGCAUUAUACAACAGGGACAUCCAACGGAUUUUGUGCAAGUAACUAGCGUGGUUCUCUUUUGAGUGCCCAACAACAGAGGGACAAUUUUUAUUAUUAUAAUGGCAUUGGCUGAAUUACAAUUG